UAGGCCCGAGAUUUACCAUGCACUGUUCUCAAUAAACGUAUGCGGUUAGCAAGUGGCGGUACGUUUCUCUCUCUUUCUUCCUCUUUCUUUGCUGCCCCCACACUUUCAUUUCGUGAUCUUUCCUUGUCGUUCAAACGUCUCCGGGGACAGAUUUCCUGUGACUCGCGAAUGUUUGUCGCUGUUUUGUAUUCCGCGCGAUAGGCGCUCUUCGAUGAACGUCCCUCGAGUGCAAUAGCACUUAACGAUCGGUCGGACCGAGGCUGCUGUCGUGAUAACGAUUAUCGAUGAGAUGCAGUGCCGUCAAUCGUCAAGUGGUUCGAUCCAUUAAUGGUCAGACACGUUGUUUCGCUUGUCUCGCCGUUCUUCUGGUGCGUUCGGUAGUGGAUUUGAAGCAAAGACAGUGUCGACGUCUCGCAGUCAAAGUAGAAUUUUAUCUGAUUUCUGUUACACAAUCUGAUUUGAUGUUUUAUAAUUCGGGGUGCAAAGUGCGGUUUCCAAUAUGUUUUGCCAUAUGUUGAUAAUCCAAUUGUGAAAUCUUGUAUAAUUGCACAGAAAAUCAGACGUCCGAGCAAUGCAACUGAAAAUCCUGUCGGUUGAAGUUAGCCAUUUAUAACAUUUGUAAUUAAAAUUCCACAAAAAUUGUGCCACCGAAAGUUUUGUAACUUAUCCGCACGCAUCCAAAGGUAUAAUCUCUUAACCCGGUAAAGAGAGAAACGAGGAGAAAGAGAAGAAUAAAUAGCCAGGGGGAGGAGAAAGCAGAGGAUCGUCGUUGAUGAUCGGGUGCAUCGGAUCGACAGUGCCCUCGAAUGUGUAUAUAGACGAGAUAUCCACGAUGACCGUACCACCGACACUGCCGGCAAAGGCUCAGCCCCGGGACUCGAGUCAGGUUACUCGCCAGACUGUGUCAAUCCGGACUGUUUCCAGUCCCACCACGACGCCUUUGAGCACAGAGGCCGGAGCAACGGUAUUCGUCGGACUGGCCGCUCCUGGCGUCGAUUCCGCGGCAACCUGUAGGAGAAGAAUCCCGGAAGUGCAGCCCGUGAACGGUUACGGCAAGCAGAGCAUCGUGAAGUCAGCUCAGAACACGCAGAGCCAGCAACAACGAUACCAGCAGCAAGGGCAACAUCAUCAGCAGCAAGCUGCGCACGUGGUGAAGAUCAAGAUCAAUACGGAUGGCGACAAGAAAGACAGCAAAGUGAUAUCGACGGUGAGAUUGACUCUGGACGAGAACAUCGCCGGGCACGAGAAUAGUAUCGCGUGCGAACGUUCGAGCAACCGUGACGGUGGUGUGCUCGUGAGUGCGACGAAUCUGGUGAACGAGCAACGGCGAGGAAGUGCCGGUGCCAGUGACGGCUGUGUGAAGAUCAGUGUCGGCUCGAACGCAGUCGAAGGUAAUAAUAACAACAACAACAACAACAAUAAUAAUAAUAAUAAGGAUAAUCGAAAUCGGAACGACGACUGCUUAGACAAGAACAUGGUUCAUCGUGAAACAUCGGAUCCCUUGAACACGUCCUCUUCGAAUAACCGCUCGAAUACCUGUUUCUAUUACAAUUCGUAUCCGAAUCAGUUAAACAGCAUGGUCAUGUCCAGUGGACAAUGCUCACCUGAUACCCUGGAUAGUGGAACCUGCAGUGAUUUGGACGGCACGCCGCCGCCUCUUCCCAAGAAGAAGAAUGCUAGUACGGUUAUUCUGGCUAGCGAUCAGCAUAAUCGUACGGGAAGUUUGACAAGCAGCGGCGCAGAAGUCGAUAGUGACGAUAACGAAAGCAACAUCAGCUGCGACUCUUUGAAUGCUGGUGAACUCAGCGACCGAAUAACGGAUGACGGUGUCAAUGGAAAUGGGGUUGAUGCUGAUCAAUCGUCUUUGGACUUUCAAGAGCACGCGGAGAAGUAUCAUUUACGAAACGGACUGAAUCACCAAGAAUAUCGGGACACUGAUGACGCUGUAUUGAACCUGAACCGACUGGACCUGUCGAAUAACCGUAAAGAACGAACGAGCAAAGAAUCCACGGUGACUGCGACGACACCGGAAGUGGAUUCUAAUUCUUGCUCGAUCAGAGCAUCGCCCAGUGGUUCUCCUGCAUCUUCCGGCACUUCGUCUUUAUCGAAAGCCUCGACCACUCCAAGAAUUAGGAGUCCGAUCCAAACGAACGAACAGAACGGUAGGCUAUCGUCCCCGGUUGUGAAGGAAUGCACUUACGAGGAACGGAAGCAGGAACUGGAAAGGUUAGAGCAAUCCGUAGCCGGCGUUGAUAACAGCAUUAACCCCGUCACUGGCAAGAAAUACAUGUACGAGUACGACAGGUUUUACAAAUUUCAUAUGAACGAACUAAAGGGGAACAAUAAGGAUACGAGCAGGGGAAUGGUGUUAGGCGAUAAAGAUACCGACGAGUGUUUUGCUGGUUACAAGAUCCUUGAUAAGGAAGCCAUACGCAGUGCCAAGGGAACUGUGCGCGGUGUUAAAAACAGGGUACGCGCUGGAAUCGCGACAUUCCUCCAGAAACCGUCUUCUCAGGGUCUCGCUGGAUUUCUUCCGAUCACAGUACUUAUUAUCCGCGCCGUAUAGUUCUUCCCUCUGUGUUCGGGGAAUUCGCGUUGCGUGCCAAUUAACGGGCGAUCUUAGCCGCUUAAGGAAUGCUAAACAGAUACACAGGGAAGCGAACGAAAAGUUUAAAUUAAGCGAUGUUUAUCAGCGCUCGGGUAGCGAUGUUUGUGAGCGCGAACUCAAUGCACGGAAGGGUAAACAUUUUUCCCUGGUAACAAGAUAGAAGGCGUAACUUCAGGUGGAGUUCAAAGAGUGCGAAGAGAGAUACAGCUUACGUUUUCGAUAAUAUCAGGAACGUAAAUGUAAAUGGCGAAAGGGAUUUUCAGAGGUCAGGAUAUUAGUUCAGGAUUACGGAUUUUACUGACCGAAAUACUAUAAUGACUACCCUUAGAUGUGACAGCCCCUUAAAUAUCGACUGUUGUUACUAUUGCAGCUGUUAUUAUGAAGCUUCCAGAAAUUGCGCAUGUCUGCUAGAAAUUAUACUUUAAAUUGCUGCUGGCAUUAUAAGCUGUUUAGACGUCAAGUGGCAAUUUAAUGCAGAUGGAAUACUAACAGGAACCUCGAAUGAUAACAUGAAUCGGGAUUAUUAACAGAUCUUGUACGCGAACUACGGACUUUCCUCUAUCCACGCUCAAUCACGAAUGUUUCCGGAGUAAAAGCUCCACAAAUAGCUAGCAGGGCGAAGCGUGAAACGAUGUCGUUUAUCCCGUUGACGUGAUUUAAAUAUCGACUCCCUACUCCCUAUAUCCAGCUUCGACUGUCGUGAACGACGCAUCGAUUUGUUAUGCAAAUCAGCUGGGCUGACACCGUGAUCACCUGACGGGCAUUUCAACACGGUCCAAUCGAACGGUAUCGAGUGACAAGUUCGAACCGUCAUGUCGUCGAAGCUAUCUAUUUGCGCCAUCCGGCCCGGUCAUCGCAUCGGUGCGAUACACUUGACUUGACUCGCGUCCACGAUAACGACGACGAUGGCUACUGGACGCAACCGGCGAAAAGCGUUAGAUUUACAGUUAGAUCGGCUCUCUCUGUCUUUCUUUGGCCGACCAGUUAAGAUCAACCAGUCUACUGGCAUCGAUCGAUGACGUGGGCACAGCGCAGCGUCCUGUGGUCCUAUUGCAAGGUUUCCGGUGUUGCCAUGCGAGAUCAUACUACAUAGUAUACACGCGUGCAUAGUGCAUAGAAUGUACGUUGCGAAUUGUACGUGUCGUCGAUGCAGAACGGAUCGACAUAACGGUAGAUCCGAUAAAGCGAUAUUGCAGCAACGCGUAGGGAAGCGUGCUCGUUGUCUUUCCCCGCGAACCGGUCUCCCCUUCCGUUUGUGAACGAAUCUUUUUCUUCGUGAGAUACAUCCUCCUCAUACUCUCCUACAUUCUGUUCACUCAUACACUUUCUGUUUCCUUUCAAAUUUUUUAUGCUCACACAGAAGAAUUUUGAAACUGUUCAAUUUUGUAAUAUUUGAUGAAAAUGUACCAAAUGUAAUCAAACUUUUGAAGCAGAGUGCAGGUACGUUUUGGGUGCAUGUGCGAUUCGCGAAAUUACAGACCGGAGGCAGACUUUGAUUACCGAGCAAUUACGGAUUCACUUCUAGUUAUUCCCUCAGGAGUUCACGUGCUACCCAAUGGCGUACUAUACGGAAAUAUCUGGCCCUUACGCAAGCAUAGCCGAAGGACCUACCUUUGUUGAUAAAAGUAAAGAAAAGUUCAUUUUUAUAAAAUACAUUAAAUAAGUCAACAGCAGAAAUAAGAA